AACUUUGAGUUUUCUAUGAAUAGUGUUGUGUUGUGAUGGAUUUUACUCUUGAAGCUUUUAAUUUCGGAUUACGCAGUGACAUGUGACAUUGAUUUGGAAAAUUUUGGAAAAUAAAUACAGUCAUUAUGGGCAACGUUUGCCAGAAGCGGGAUACAGCUACACCUGAUUCGAAAAAUCCAGUAGAUAAAAUAUUUAGCAGACUGCAAUUAUGUCCUCAUGGUUUGAAUCGCAAUGAUAACAUACGAGCAGAUAAACAAACGAAUAUCUAUCAGGUGCCAACAUGGCCAACGAACGAUCAGACGCCCACCGUAACACCCCGGCGUAAUUCCGUCGCAAAAAUAAAUACACGUGCCACUCCGCUUAGUCCGGAGUGGACAGAUGUGCCCCUUAAGACUCCUGAAAUCAUCCAGAAAACAAUGGCGACUCUUCAGCAAUCCACCGAGCCUGAUGCUGCUCCUGUACCUCCCCCACGAAAACGAAGGCGUGGUAUUAAACAAAUUCUAGAUCGUAUGAACUCAGAAGACAAUUUAAAACCAGUUGAGGAAGCAAUAAUUGUUCCCAAAAAAGAAAUAACGCACAUUUGCGAUCCUACGAGGCAUCCACAUCAUUAUCACAAAACAAAUGGUGGGCCUAGAAAAGCAUAUUCAACAGUUAUACCUCCAAUUUAUAAUGACUUGGAUGUAAAAAAAGAAAUGUCUAAAAACCUUAGGCGCGGUUCGAUACCUAGAAAUGCUUCCUUACCUGGUGAAAACAACCUUUCUCUAUCGCAAGCGACAGCUCAGCGGUUGGAAAGUUACAUGACACGAUGUAGAAGUUUUGGUUCCUUAUUGCCUCAACAAAUUAUGGAUAAAAUUAAAAACACACCUUCAUCUAGCGCAGCAAACGAUCAAUCUGAUGCGGAAAGUGAAGAUUCAUGGGGAGGUUUGGAUGAUUGGGACUUGGGAGUAAUAGAACAUGACGGAAUUGACGAUGGUCUUUUCCAACCAAUUUCCAGACUACCAUCUAAGAAACGUUCUUCGACCGAUGUUAAGUUUUCAGUUGGAGAUAAAAAUCCGUUACCAUUAAAUGCAAAUAAAGAUAAAAUUAAAAGUUCAGACACAGCAGUUAGUACUGCGGCACCAAAACAAUCUAAUGGCCGCAAGAGCGGUGUUAACCUACAAGCAAUUUUAAACCCCUCAUCAAUUAAUACUAUUUCUGAGUCUGUUGAACGGAAAACUUCAGAAAACGAAGAUGUCAAACAAGCACCUUUGGCCCGACGGGAGAGCAUUGAAGAUAUAGUCGACUGGUUCGACAAAGAUUCGGAUAAUGAACUUUCAAAAAAAUCAUUUUCUGAAGAGAAUCCCAAGAAAACUGAUUAUGAUAAAUUUUCUUCAAACAUUUUGUAUGAUGGCGUAACAAAUCCGUUUCGUAUAUACUACGAAGAUUCAUCCUUCAGUUCUGACGCUUUCUUCACCUCAAAAUUCUUAGAAAAUGAAAAAAUGGCCAAUAACAUAAAUGACAAUGAUUCACCAAAUAUGUCCGAAUCAUUAGACCAGAAGGCUAUGGAUUUUGUGAUUGUCAAUGACGAUAAAAUUAAUCCAGAUAAAUUAAAAAAUUCAGAUGAUGACAAAAUCCCAUCUAAACAAAUCGAAGAAGACUGUCCCACGAUUGUCGAAGAAUCUAUUGAGUCAAGUAGCAUAACAACAAAAGAUUCCCAAACAAAUAAUUCUGAAGAUGAUAAUAUUGGUCAUUCGAGUUUGCUGAAAUUUUUUAAAAAUGAUUCAAACACAAUCGAAGAUCCUGAUAGGCCCGAUCGAAAUAAUGCUAAAGUAGAUAUAUCAGGUUUCCAUUAAAAAUAGAUAUUAUUUAUAUCUAAAGUUUGUAUGCGCUUAAUAGUAAUUAACAUUUAUC